AUGGGUCAGACUCUGUCAGAGCCCGUUGUCGAAAAGAUAUCCGAUAAUGGCGCAAAUGACUGUGUUAUAUACGGACUUUCGGCAAUGCAAGGAUGGCGUAUAAGCAUGGAAGACGCACAUGCCGCUGUACUCGACCUUCAACCUGAGGAAAAAGGCAAAUCAUCUCAUCCGGCCGCACCAGACAAGAGAUUAGCUUACUUCGGUGUCUAUGAUGGACAUGGGGGAGAAAAGGUGGCACAAUUUGCUGGGGAGAAUGUUCACAAGAUUAUCGCGAAGCAAGAGGCAUUUGCCAAAGGAGACAUUGAGCAGGCCCUGAAAGAUGGCUUCCUUGCGACAGACCGUGCAAUUCUGAAUGAUUCCCGUUACGAAGAUGAGGUUUCCGGUUGUACUGCCUCCGUUGGUAUCAUCUCCAAGGAUAAGAUCUGGGUCGCCAAUGCUGGAGACUCCCGUACUGUGCUUGGUGUCAAAGGACGAGCCAAGCCUCUUUCAUUCGACCACAAACCGCAGAACGAAGGGGAAAAGGCUCGGAUAAGCGCUGCUGGUGGCUUUGUCGACUUCGGUCGAGUCAACGGCAAUCUAGCCUUGUCGCGUGCUAUUGGCGACUUCGAGUUCAAGAAGAGCGCCGAUCUGUCCCCGGAGCAGCAGAUUGUUACAGCGUUCCCUGAUGUGAUCACCCACGAGAUCUCGGAAGACGACGAGUUUCUAGUCAUAGCUUGUGACGGUAUCUGGGAUUGUCAGUCCUCGCAAGCAGUGGUGGAAUUCGUUCGAAGAGGAAUUGCUGCCAAGCAAGAGUUGCACUUGAUCUGCGAGAACAUGAUGGACAACUGUCUCGCUUCCAACAGUGAAACCGGCGGCGUCGGCUGUGACAACAUGACCAUGAUCAUUAUUGGCCUGCUGAAUGGCAAGACGAAGGAAGAAUGGUACGAGAUGGUCGGUAAACGUGUGGCAGAAGGCGACGGCCCAUGUGCACCACCAGAGUAUGCUGAAUUCCGUGGCCCGGGGGUACGACACCAAUUCGACCAUGAUAGCCCCGACGAUUAUGAGCUCGACCUCGAUCAUAGAUCGAGAGGUUUCGGUGGGCGGGGCGGCCGUAUCAUUCUACUUGGGGACGGUACUGAAGUUUUGACAGACUCUGACGACGCGGAGAUGUUCGACCAGAGCGAAGAAGACAAGGACACGGCCAACCAAGUAAAGAAAAGCACUCCCGAUACCUCAGACGUCGAGUCGGCUCGAAGUGAGCGUGAAGGUACCCCUGCUCCGCAACCAGCAAACGAGGAGUCGAAAGGACAGGAUCAACAGGACACUUCGCAUGGACAAGACGUAGAGAUCAAAGCGGUGGCGGACGAGACACCGGCCCAUACAGCCGUUUAG